ACGGUGACAGCAAUGACAGUUACAAUAUGUCAAAAAUAUGGUGUAACUGCAAUUAUAAAAAUAUCGCAAAAUAUUGAAAUGAUGUUUACGGUUAUGAUUUAUAAUGUAUAAUUUUCCACAAGGUACAAAAAUGAUGAUCUUUAAAUAUAUGUGGUAAACAUACGAUAGUAAACAUUUAGUGAUAAAGAUGGACGACGUAACGGUACCUUUGAAUUUGGAGCCCAUGCAGCAGAAUGGAGUGAGCGACAGGAGAUUAUGGAUUGGAAAUCUUGAUCUCAGAGUUAAUGAGUAUCAAUUAUUGAAAAUGGUCCGCGUGUAUGGAAACAUCGAGAAGUUUGACAUGCUUUUCCACCGGAGUGGGCCUAACGCAGGCCAGCCACGAGGCUUUGCAUUUGUCACCUACAAGCUGAGGAAGGAUGCCAUCACUGCAAUGAACUCGCUCAGUGGCCAAUUAUUGGGCUGCAAAAGAAUAUGUGUGAAGUUUGCCAAAACAACUUCCGAUGAUCAAGAUAAACCGAAGCCAGAAUUGGGCAUACCAGCACUGGCCGGUGCUAAGCCAGAAAUGAAACUAAGUAAGAAGACUGCUAUCCAAUCAAUUGAAGCUAAACUUAAGAUGAUGGAGAAUAUGAAUGCAGGUGAUGAUUUCGUAAUUAACAAAUUGGCAGCAAACGAGGCACCGGUGAUAGCUCAGUACCAAACGAAACAACAUCAGCCACCGAACAAAACAAUCAGUACAUUUAAACGAAGACAUCCAUAUCAUAAAAAAAGAUAGCUGCAUUUUUCUUGAGGGUGUAAAUCUCUUUAUGGUAUUAUUCGAUAUUAGAAGUUAAGUUUACUGUUCAAAAUAUUUUUUAAAUUAGUCUUUAGAUUAUAGACUGGAAUUGUUCUUAAUGUUACCA